AUGCGGAAUGCCUGUGGAAAAUACCUCAUGAAAUCAAUAGCAAACGAAGGUUUUGAAGCAAAACACUUACCGCAUCUUCAAAUUCCUCGGCCUGGCGGAUUUUCGAGGGAGAGCAGCAUGUCCGAACAAGAUGCGGCUGCAGCUGUGGUGUUGUUGCUUAUAGCUAAACGUAAACGUAAACGAACAUGUCGCUGGUGUAAAGAAAGAGUGGUACAUGAAAAGAUUUCUGCCUACAAGUCUGUCUUUUAA